AUGGCAGAGAAAGACGACGUCGAGGACUCGGUUUGUCCCCAACUACCCAUAUUCCGACUCGUCGUCGAUCAGGCUCGCGUCACCCCAGAAGUACUGAACUACCCUUAUCGCGGGUCCGGCACAGAGCACGACCCUUACAUUGUCAGCUACAUCCCCAAUGACCCGGGCAAUCCGUUCAACUGGACGUCGGCGCGGCGAUGGAAUAUCAGUUUUAUCGUGUCUGCAGAAAUCCUAGCCACGGCGUUUGCUUCCAGUGCUUUCAGCGGCACCAUCCGAGAAAUCUACAUCGAUUUCGGCGCCAGUACUGAGUUGAUCACGGCCGGCAUCUCCUUGUUCGUGCUCGGAUUCGCCCUUGGCCCCUUGCUCUGGGCUCCUCUGUCUGAAAUCUACGGUCGUCAAAUCAUCUUCUUCAUCACCUUUGGCUGCUUUACCGCCUUCAAUGCCGGGUGUGCCGGUGCCAACAGCAUUGGGACGCUGCUCGUCCUGCGUUUCUUCGCCGGUGCAUUCGGCUCUUCGCCUUUCACCAACGCCGGCGGGGUCAUCGCAGAUGUCUUCACCGCGUCUGAGAGAGGCCUUGCCAUGGGUAUCUUUGCCCUGGCCCCGAGCAUGGGUCCAACCUUGGGCCCAUUCUGUUCCGGCUUUCUCGGAGAGACGCAGGGCUGGAAAUGGGUCAUGGGUCUUUUGACCAUCUUCGCUGGUGUCCUUUGGAUCUUGGGUACUCUCUUCGUGCCCGAGACCUAUGCGCCAGUCAUCCUUCGGAAACGGGUGGACAAACUAUCCCACAUGACCGGCAAGGUGUACAUGUUGGAGGCGGACAAAGAGAAGGGCCGGCCAUCACUCAAGUCCCUCCUGCCAGCUGCUCUGAUUCGCCCGUGGAUUCUAUUGUUCUUGGAACCAAUUGUAUUGUUGCUGUCGCUGUACAUUGCCAUCAUUUAUGGCACGCUUUAUCUCAUGUUCGGUGCCUACCCGAUCGUCUUCCAAGAAACCCGUGGCUGGUCCGAGGGGAUCGGCGGCCUGCCGUUUCUCGGCGUGGCAGUCGGCAUGGUUCUUGGAAUCGUCUUUUCCAGCUACACAAACAGGUGGUAUGUGAAGGAAGCGGAAAAGCACGGCGGGGUUGCGCCCGCCGAAGCCCGGCUGCCGGCGGCAAUGUAUGGUGCCGUGGCGAUACCCAUUGGGCUGUUCUGGUUUGCCUGGACCAACUAUCCAUCGAUUCACUGGAUCUCACCCGUGCUCGCCGGAGUGCCCUUUGGCGCUGGCUUCACGAUUCUUUUCCUGGUGGUGACCAAUUAUCUGAUCGACGCGUACACGAUCUUUGCCGCCUCGGUGCUGGCUGCCAACACGGUGCUGAGAUCGCUGUUCGGGGCCGCCUUCCCGCUGUUCACCAGCGACAUGUUCAAGACCCUGGGCCUGCACUGGGGCGCCUCGAUCCCGGCGUUUCUGGCCUUGGCUUGUGUCCCGUUCCCCUUCGUCUUCUAUCAUUACGGGGCGAGCAUCCGCAGCCGCUGUGUGUACGCCGCCCGGGCCGAAGCCGCCAUGGCCGAACUCCGCGCCAAAGCCGCGCGAUCUGCCGCUGCAGAGGCCGGGGCCGAAACACCAGAGGAAUCGAUCGGAGACGAGAGCGAGGCUGAGAAGGAGGAAGAAGAAGGCUCAUCGCCGCGGUUAGAACCGAUCCGUCCGACCCGGACGAAUCUCUCGGCAGACCGGGCCUCGUUGGCCAGGAUCAAGUCCCGCUCUGGCAGCAUCAGCGAAGCCGCAGACUACAAUUUCAGCCCUUACGACAUUGACCGCGUCAAUACCGCCGCGUCCAUUGCCGGCUUGGAUCUGACCCGCACCAGGACGAGUCGAUCCGUCGAGCGCACCCGAACAAAUCGCUCCCUGAGAACAAAUCGUUCCUUGUCGCGCAGGCGGACGAGUCGAUCCCGGGAGCGGUAG